ACCAACAGUCAACAAAUUUUAAGGCAGCACGCAAGCCUGUAGUAAACCCCCAGCCUUCGAAAUCUAAGAUGGAAAUGUAUCAAGCUGCAUAUUAUACUGAAGACUUCAGAACUCAGGAGGUUCCAGGAAAUUUUGACUUCAGUUUAUAUGACUACAAUGGUGAAGACCUGUCCUUUUUGUUAGACAGCAAAGGACCUGCCCAAACGCAGUACACAGACACUUAUGGAGAACUGCAGAAGGAGCACAUGAACAGUUCCAAAGUUCAUUCUACUGAUCCUGGCUUAUUUCAUCUAGACUCCUAUCCAGAGUUUAAUGGCUGGGCAGCAUAUACUAAUGUUCCAGAUGGUAUGGAGACGGAGAGACAGCAGGGAGGCUUUCAGGAGUCUGGCACUCAGACAUACCAGAACCUGCUGCCUCCCUGUCCCCCAUCCCAGAGCAGCCCAUUCGGCUCUGCUGUGGAUGGCAGUAGCAUUUACCAGCCCACAAAAGAGCUCGGCUGCAGUGCAGCAUCUGCCUUAGACCACACAGGUGAUGCAGAGAGGACUUAUGGUUUGUUCGAAACAGAAGCACAAAGCAGACCCUCACCUUACUGGUCAGAUUACUCUUCCACCAGCUACUACAGUGCGUUGCUGGGGCAACCUCCCUCUUCCUCAUCCCCUGUUCCUCAGCCUUCAGAAACCUUCUGCCCCCGUGUGGCCAAGCGGCGUACUGCACCCUCUCAGAGAUCAGACAGGGAGGGUGAGCUGGCAGGGAUGUCUGCUUACCCAGGAUCUGGGCCUAUUCAGCUAUGGCAGUUCCUGUUGGAGCUUCUGCUUGACUCUGCAUGCCAUAACUUUAUCAGCUGGACAGGAGAUGGCUGGGAAUUCAAGAUGUCUGACCCUGCAGAGGUAGCCAAGCGUUGGGGCCAAUGCAAGAACAAGCCUAAAAUGAACUAUGAGAAGCUGAGUCGUGGCCUCCGUUACUACUACCACAAGAACAUCAUCCACAAAACAGCCGGGAAGCGCUAUGUCUAUCGCUUUGUUUGUGAUGUUCAGGGUAUGCUUGGGAAGAGUGCCCAGGAGGUCUUGGCCAGUAUGAACAUCUCACCAUCCAACACAGCCUCACCAAGAUUAACAGUUGCUGCAAAGUCAGAAGACACAGGUGAUCUGUGGCCACAUUAGAAGGGUAGGAACCUUCACAGCGCUUUACCAGAAAAGGAAAUAUUAUUGAAGGACUUAUUUGGGAUUCUAGGGAUUUUGUAUCCCAAGAGGCUCAAGGGAUUUUGCAUCUCAAGAACCUAUGAAACUGACUUUGAUCUGUGGAUAGUGGGCAUCUAUUUGGAUUGUUUUGAAAACGUCUGCAUCCACAAUUAAUUGCAGAACUCAUCAGCGCUGCUAAUAAUGGAAUCAAUUUUUGGUAUCUCACUAUAUGGAUGAAAAACUGAUGUAAAUCAUUUCACAUAGAUGCCUGGGCAUUAUCCAGUGUCUGUUGAUAAUAAAUGCAAUUUGACUUUU